AUGGCGGAUCAAAAAGCAGUAGUGAUUACAGGGCGUGGUCAGCGACUUGCCUUGCACACCAGACCAGUACCGACUCCUGGACCCAAUGAAGUCUUGGUGAAGGUCAACAUUGCAGGAUUAAAUCCUCACGAUCAGUAUGUUCGUGAUUUGGGGUACUUCAUUGGCGACAAUGUGCCCUCUCCAUUUGGAAUUGAUCUCGUUGGCGUUGUACAUGCUCUUGGCAAAGAUGUCGACAAGUUCAAAGUUGGCGAUGUGGUGUUUGGUAAUGGCGAUCCAUUCAAGGGAGAUUACAUGGGCACCCAAGAGUACGCAAUCAUGGAUGUCAGUUUCAUGGGUCGGGUUCCCUCCUCAAUCACACAGGACGAGGCCGCGACAUUACCGCUGAAUGUACUUACCAUGUACAUUGCUCUAUUCCAUCCAUCUACUCACGCUAUCCCUUCUCCUUUGACGCCAGAAGGACAGUCAUUCGAUUACAAGAACACACCCCUAGCUAUUGUUGGAGGUGGUUCCAACUGCGGAAAAUUUGCCAUUCAAAUUGCCAAGUGGGCUGGAUUUGGUACCAUUAUCGCGAUCGCGGGCAAGGCUAAAUCCGAUCUUCUUGUUGAACUCGGAGCCACCCAUGUCAUCGACAGAACACUGAGCGACAGCGACAUUGAAGCAAAAGUACGAAGUAUUGUUGGAGAUGACCUUCUACACGUGUGCACCGCAGUUCAGGCGAAAGACCUGACACUAGGUGCCAACCUUUUGUCAAAUAGCAAGAAGGGAAUCCUGGUUCCUUUAACAGCUGGCGAAGUUGAUGACAGCAAACUCAACAAACAGGCAGGAUACGACUUGCGACGCUUCCUCUGCCGUCCACAUGAAGAUGAUAGAAAAGAGCUCUCGACAAUCUUUUGGAAGUCUUUCCCUGACCUUGUUGAGAAGGGAGUUUUCAAGCCGACUCCCUUUCAGAUUGUUAAGGGAUUGGAUGCCGAUAAGAUCAACGACAUUAUUGACGAGUAUGGGGCUGGAAAGAAUCCAACACGACCGAAUGUACACGUCAGUGAUAUCUAG